AUGAUGUUGGUACCCGAACAUGCCCACUUCACACCGAUGGUGUAUUUAGCUACAAUGCCAACAGGUCAUGAGUUUUCGCAAGAAGUGAAACAACUAAUGUUUCGUGUUAUUGAUUUCGUUGAAACAUUAUUUCCUGAGAAAAAAAUGCAUUCUGGUCAUCCGAACAUUGUUUUAUCAGAGCAAGGGAGAUACUUAAUUCGACUUGAAUUUCAUAAACUUGUUCGAGAAAAAUCAGCGUUGUUAUUUUAUUUGGAAGAUCAAUAA